CGACCUAUCGGAAUUAAGUUCGCUCUACCUGUUUCUAGGAAAACUUUCUCACCUAUACUUUUAGUAGCGGUUAUUGAACAAAGCAUACAAACGAUGGAAGACGAUAGACAAAAAGAUAUGCGGAUAUUGAACAAAGCAUACAAACGAUGGAAGACGAUAGACAAAAAGAUAUGGUGAGAAGCAAUUUUACAACAAAGGUUAACACGUUUAAAAGCAAAUUAAAAAAUAGUCCAAAAGAAAAGUUUAUACUUAAAAUUUACGAAGAAACAAGAAGAUUUAUUCAGAAACACAAGGAUUCCAUAAUCAUUACGAAUGCGGACAAGGGUAACAGGACAGUAAUGAUAUAUAAGGCAGAUUACCAACAAAAAAAAAAAUGAAAGACCUCUUAAAUGACAAAUGCACAUAUAAGGCUAUCAGAAUUGACCCGACCCAACAGCUUUUAAGGAAAAAUAACAAUUUGGUGAAUGACAUCUACAAAAAAAAAAGCAUUGACUUUAAACUUAAACAAUACUUGACAUGCACGGCAGCUACAGCACCAAGACUCUAUGGCUUAACCAAAAUCCACCUCUUCGACCAAUUUCAUCACCUAUGAAUGUAUGCUUCAAACUGGCAAAAUAUGUGGGGCAGACCCUUAAAAAUAUCGUUUCUGAAAACUUUAACGUGAAAAACUCAUUUCAACUCAAGGAAAAUAUUAAAAACAUAACUGUUGAUGAUGAUGAAAUGCUUAUAUCCCUGGACGUCGUAUCUUUAUUCACGAAUAUACCCAUCCAAUUGGCGAUUAACACAAUAAUGAAGCAGUGGUCAAGUCUAGAAAAGCAUACAACAAUAACCAAAAAACAAUUCCUAACAAUAUUAGAAUUUUGUCUGAGGGAAAACAACUACUUCGUCUACGAUGGAACCUUUUACCAGCAAGUGUUUGGUAUGCCGAUGGGUAACCCUUUAUCGCCCACUAUAGCUGACAUUGUUUUAGACAAAAUUAUUGACGACAGCAUUAUCGAGAUAAGAAAUAAGGACAUAUGUAUCAAAUACAUUACUAAAUAUUUAGAUGAUAUAUUCGCUAUUGUUAAGACAAAGGACGUGGAAGAGAUUCUGAAAAUAUUUAAUCGACAGCAUACAAAAGUACAAUUCACACUGGAAAAGGAAAUAGAUAACAAAAUAGCCUUCCUAGAUAUUGAAAUUCAUGAGUGAAAAUAAAUUUAUUUAUUUAUUUAUUUAUUUAUUUAUUUAUUUAUUUAUUUACAGUCUACAAAGUC